UAUAUAACUGCAAAGGGCGACUCUGAGGUGUUCGAUCAGGAAGUUCUGAACGCAAGACGUGCUGAGAAACUCCUCCGCCAUGGCACCAAAGAAAGCGAAGAAGAAGACCGCCGAGGCAAGCUCCAAUGUCUUCAGCAUGUUUGAGCAGUCACAGAUCCAGGAGUUCAAGGAGGCCUUCACCAUCAUGGACCAGAACAGAGAUGGCUUCAUUGACAAGGGGGACCUGAGAGACACAUACGCUGCUCUGGGUCGUCUCAACGUUGGCAAUGAUGAGCUGGAUGAGAUGAUGAAAGAGGCUCCCGGCCCCAUCAACUUUACCAUCUUCCUAGCUAUGUUCGGCGAGAAGCUCAAAGGUACUGACCCUGAGGAAACCAUUCUCAACGCAUUCAAGAUCUUUGACCCUGAAGGAACAGGCGUCCUGAGAGGAGACGACAUCAAAUACCACCUUAUGUCUCAGGCAGACAAGUUCACCGAGGAAGAGGUAAACCAGAUGUUCACAAACUUUCCCCUGGACGUUGCUGGAAACCUGGAUUACAAGAACCUGUGCUACAUUAUCACCCAUGGAGAGGAAAAGGAGCAGGAGGAGUGAAACAGCCAAAGACAACCCUCAACCCUCAUCACCUGUCAAUCACAUGUCAUGUCCUCUGAGAUUCAACUGAACACCAUCACAUUUCAUCUUCAUUCACCCACAGUUUUAAUUAAACUUUCAUAAGAGUCCUGUGUUCAUUGGUACUGUAUCACCUAGUUUGUAUGGCAUUUAAAGGAACAAUGUGUACGAUUUAGUGGCAUCUAGUGGUGAGGUUGCAGAGUGCAACAA